AUGAAAGAAUUGUGGCGAGUUCCAUCUUUUCAUCGUCAACUCGAAACAUGGACAAAACAAUAUGGUAAAAUCUAUGGAAUUUAUCAAGGAACGAGUCCAACAUUUGUUGUUAGCGAUCCUGAUUUUCUUCAAGAAGUUUUCGUCAAACAAUUUCUGAAUUUUCCUGCACGAAGACAAGUCUUUUCAGGUAGUAAAAUUAGAAAUGUCCUUUCAUCAUCGGGUGCCACGUGGCGUCGACAUCGUCAUGUUAUCAAUCCAACAUUCUCAGCUGCAAAAUUAAAAAUGAUGAGUCCACUUAUUAACGGAUGUAUCACUAAUGUUAUGGAAAAAUUAAGUGAUCAUGGUCGUGAUAGAAAUGAUUUCAAUAUUUAUAUUUAUUACAAAAGAAUGACAAUGGAUGUUAUAUGUCGGUGUGCAUUUGGAAUCGAUACUGAUUUACAAAAUAAUCCAAAUAAUAUCUUUUUUAAAAAAGUGGAAGAAAUCUUUUCUCGUAGUAUUCGAUUGAAUCCUGCUGCAAAAUUGUCUCAACUUGUGCCUGAAUUGGCAAUUGUUAUUGGAAAAGUUUUUUUUAGUUUCAAUGCUGUACGGGCAUUCAUUAAUCUUCAUCUUUUACCUUUAAUAACCAAAAAACAGUUACAUGAACUUCCAGGUAUGUGGCUUUUCAAUCGAUUAGAUCCAAUUGUUGAACAGAGACAGAAAACACCAAGUUCUCGAGUCGAUGUUCUACAAUUAAUGAUGCAAGUUAUGACUGAUGAAAAGGAGAUUCACGAUAAUUCACAAGAUACGAGUAAAGCAAAUUAUCGAUUAACUCGAGAUGAAGUUAUCAGUAAUAUUCUUAUUUUCAUGGCAGCUGGAUAUGAAACAACGUCAACUUCGUUGGCCUAUGCAACAUAUGUACUUGCGCUACAUCCUGAAGUUCAAGAAAAACUUCAGGCUGAAAUUGAUCAACUUUCGUUAAGUAAUGAAGAUGAUGAUUCGAAUGAAGAAGCUAAAAAAUAUCCUGACUAUGAUACCGUUGCUCAGAUGCCUUAUAUGGAUAUGUUUGUUUCCGAAGUUUUACGAAUGUAUCCAAUUGCUAAUACAGUCGUUCAACGACGUGCUGUCGAAAAUACGAUUGUACAAGGAAUUCCAAUUGAAAAAGAUACUUUCAUACAUGCAGACAUCUAUUCAGUCCAUUAUGAUCGUGAGCUUUGGGGACCUGAAGAUCCUUAUGUGUUUUGUCCUGAACGUCAUCAAACAAAACGUCAUCCAAUGGCGUAUCUACCAUUUGGAGCAGGACCACGACAAUGUAUUGGUAUGCGCUUUGCAUUAAUCGAAAUGAAGAUUUUGUUAGUGCGGUUACUUCGUGAAUAUUCCAUUCUACCUGGUGAACAACUUCAGAACAAAUUUAAUAUACGUGAACGGGCUGUCAUUGCACCGGAAGAAGUGUGGGUUAAACUAAUAACAAGAAAUAGUUCAAAAUGUACAUAG